AUGCAGUCGGAAGGAUCUCCUCUUGUAAGCAAGAGUUUGGACGAGGAAUCUCUGGGGAAGGUGGUAAAUAAUGGCGCUGAUCGGAAGAAUUUCCAGACUACUGGAGUUUGCGAAUUGACGAAUUCAGCCAGUGACGCUGGGCUGGAAGAGAAUGAUACAAUACGAGAACACCUGAAUCGUUCGCUAAGUCCUAGGCAUAUCAACAUGAUAGCCGUGGCAGGUGUGAUUGGUACAGGGCUGUACUUAUCGACAGCGAAAUCAUUGCAUGUUGGUGGCCCCGGUUCGUUAUUCAUCAAUUACAGCAUAAUGGGCGGCGUGGUGUAUUUGACGAUGCUUUGCCUGGGUGAGAUGUCGACCUUUAUGCCGAUUAGCGGGUCUUUUUGCUCGUACGCAAAGAAAUUUGGUUGUGAGUCUUUUGCGUUUGCCCUGAUGUGCAAUUAUUGGUUCAACGAUGCAGUUUCGGUAGCCAGCGAUCUGACAGCGAUGCAAAUAGUGCUGGAUUAUUGGAACUCAUCGCAGCAUCAUUUCCCGUACUGGGCUGCUUCGCUGCUGUUCUGGGUGUUUCUGCUGGCGCUGAACGUUGUUCACGUCAGGAUCUAUGGCGAAGCAGAGUACUGGCUGGCCAUGUUGAAGGUAAUUGCAAUUGUGAUCUUCUUCGUCCUCUCGAUUGUCGUUAACGUUGGACACAAUCCUGAGCACGAGUACAUCGGGUUUAGGAAUUGGAGCUAUCGGGAGGCGCCAUUUGUCAAUGGGUUCAAAGGGUUCGUCUCCAUCUUUGUCAGCUCCAGUUUCUCAUACGGUGGUACUGAGAGUAUUACUCUCACAGCUGGUGAAGCUUUCAAUCCGGUUAGAAACACUCCCAAGAUCAUUAAGACCGUGUUUUGGAGAAUCUUGAUCUUUUACGUCGGAACAAUGUUCUUCAUCGCCAUGAAUAUUCCCUACGAUUAUCCAAACUUGAGCACUAAAUCAGUUAUGACUUCUCCAUUCACAAUCGUUUUCCAAAUGGCUGGUUCCAAGGCGGCAGGUUCGUUCAUGAACGCUGUCAUUCUGACAAGCAUCAUUAGUGCCGGAAACCAUGCAUUGUUUGCUGGCAGUAGAGUGCUUUUCAACAUGGGAUUGGAAGGAUUUUUCUUCCCCAAGUUGGUCACCAGGACCAACAGGUAUCGGGCGCCUUACGUUGCUGUCAUAUUGACUUGGGCCGUCGGAGGACUUUGUUUCGGUGCCAGUUUUAUAGGCGCUGGCACCUUAUGGACAUGGUUACAAAACAUUGUGGGAGUCUCGAACCAAAUCGCCUGGUUGUCGAUCGCUGUGACCUCCAUCAGGUUCAGAAAGGGCCUGGCGAAGCAGGGCAAAACUCACCAACUCGCAUUUAAGAAUUGGACGUAUCCAUAUGGUCCGUAUUUUCUGGUCUUUUUCGUGACAUUGAUCAUCCUUGUGCAGGGCUGGUCGGCAUUCGAUCCCUGGAGUACUUCCGAUUUCUUCUCGUACUACCUGGAGCUGUUCGUAUUUCCAGCAUGCUGGCUGGUAUGGUGGAUUUACAAGAGGGACGAUUUUGUGAAGCCUGAAGAUAUGGAUUUUGUCACAGAUAGAUACGUCCAGAGCCCUGAAGAGGUAGAACUGAAUGCGAGACUUGAUAACCUGCGAGGCUAUCCAAAAUAUAGACAGAUCAUAGGUGAUUACUUCUUCUGA